AUGUGGUUUGAGGGUCAUUACAUGGUUCAUGUGCUGGCCUCCGUUAACCAGGACACAGACCCAGGCUCAUACAGCCAGGACACAGACCCAGGCUCAGACAGCCAGGACACAGACCCGGGCUCAUACAGCCAGGACACAGACCCAGGCUCAUACAACCAGGACACAGACCCAGGCUCAUACAGCCAGGACACAGACCCGGGCUCAUACAGCCAGGACACAGACCCAGGCUCAGACAGCCAGGACACAGACCCGGGCUCAUACAGCCAGGACACAGACCCAGGCUCAUACAGCCAGGACACAGACCCGGGCUCAUACAACCAGGACACAGACCCGGGCUCAUACAACCAGGACACAGACCCAGGCUCAUACAGCCAGGACACAGACCCAGGCUCAUACAACCAGGACACAGACCCAGGCUCAUACAACCAGGACACAGACCCAGGCUCAUACAACCAGGACACAGAACCGGGCUCAUACAGCCAGGACACAGACCCAGGCUCAUACAACCAGGACACAGACCCAGGCUCAGACAGCCAGGACACAGACCCGGGCUCAUACAGCCAGGACACAGACCCAGGCUCAUACAGCCAGGACACAGACCCAGGCUCAUACAGCCAGGACACAGACCCAGGCUCAUACAACCAGGACACAGAACCAGGCUCAUACAACCAGGACACAGACCCGGGCUCAUACAACCAGGACACAGACCCAAGCUCAUACAAUUUGGGUAAUUGUAGUUGA